AAAUGGCGGCACUGGCAAGAAAUAGAGUCGGUAGAGUCCCCUAAGAAAAAACUUGAGUGAUUACAAAUAUAAAUAUAAAAUUAAAUUAAUCCAUACACCAAUUAUGUAUAGUCGUAAAUAUUAGCAAUAUCAUAUCAAGUGUAAUUGUGUAAAAAUUCAUUUCCAAAAUGUGUAUAAUAAUAAUUAUGUAUUGAUAUUAAAAUUAUUAUAAAUUUUGAUGGUUAUGUUCAACACUGGCCUCCAUUAAUAAAUUAAGCUUGGCAUCGGUAUUGCUGUCAUCUGAAUAUUAUUAUAUUAUUGUUUUUUUUUUGAGUAAAUAAAAGAGUUAUUUAUAAAAGUGAGAAUGUCUUAUCCUGGACAACCGCCAAUGGGUAUGCCUGGUAUGCCUCCAAUGCCAUACAUGGUUGGAGCACCACCUCCAAUAAUCGGUGGAGUUAUGCCAAUGAAUCAUCCUAUGAUUCAAAGACCAAUAACACCAAUGCAAACGUCAGCACCAGCUGUUCGUUAUUCAAGGGGACAAACAAGACAUGAAUUAAUAAGAAGACGUGAACGUGAAAAUGGACCAGCAGUUACAGUAUUUGUUGGUAAUAUUAUGGAUAGAGCACCAGAUAUUAUGAUAAGACAAAUUCUUGGUGCUUGUGGUCAUGUUUUAUCCUGGAAAAGAGUGCAAGGUUUUGGUUUUUGUGAAUAUGCUGGUCCAGAUGCUGGUUUACGUGCUGUUAGAUUGCUUCAUGAUAUGGAAAUUGGUCCUAAAAAAUUAGUAAUUAAAGUUGAUGCUAAAGCUAAAGUGGUACUUGAUCAGUUUAAAGCUGAAAGAAGAAAGAAAUUGAAAGGUGGUCAAUCACCUUUACAAGACGAAAAACCAUCUGAAAAUAUUGAUGAUGAUAGCGAUGAUUAUAUGGAUGAUACGAUGCGUCAUUUUGAUACUGAAUCACUUGCUCGAAUUAAAAAUGUCAUAUCGGAAUAUUCUGUUGACAUUGAAAUGGCCCUAUCAGCACCAGAUGCAAGAAGAGCAGCAUAUGAGGAGUAUCAGGCUAAAUUAUUAGCAAAAUCACUGGACCUAGAUGAUGCUGAAAUAGAAGAAGAUAAACGAGAAUUAAUAUCACGUGAAAUUGGAAAAUUCAGAGAAGUUAUGAAGAAACAAGAGGAAGAGAAAGCACAAGUUAAAAGAAAAAAAGAAGCUGUAGAAAAAGAAGAGCGUGAAAAACGUGAAAAAGAAAAAAAAGAUAGACGUGCUGUUGGCGGUGGUGUUGGUGGUAAUGAUGAUGAUGUUGUCAUAACAAAAGAUGAUCACAAUAAUGACAUAGGAAGUCCAUUGUCACACAAAGGAUAUGUUGAUAAUAGACGUGAUAGAAGAAGAUCAAAAUCAAGAUCAAAAGAACGUGAUAUACAACGUGAUCAACGUGAACGUCAACGUGAACGUGAACGUAAUGAACGUGAAAGAGAUCGUGAUCGUGAAAUAAGAGAUAGAGAACGUGAAAGAGAUCGUGAUCGUGAAAGAGAACGUGAUCGUGAAAGAGAACGUGAACGUGGUGAUCGUGAUGAAGUUAGAAAAACUGAACGUCAAUUAAUGCGUGAACGUGAAGAAGAAGAUGAAACAAAAGAACGUAAAAAAAAUGAACGUAGAGCUAGAGAAAAAGAAGCAGCAUAUCAAGAAAGAUUACGUGCAUGGGAAGGACGUGAAAGACGUAAACAAAAAGAUUAUGAAAAAGAAGCUGAAAAAAAUAAACAACGUCGUGAUGCACGUGAAAAAGAAGCUAAACGUUUAAAAGAAUUUUUAGAAGAUUAUGAUGAUGAUAGAGAUGAUGCAAAAUAUUAUAAAGGUAAAGAAUUAGCACGACGUUUAGAAGAAAGAACACUUGAAGCUGAAUCAGAUUCACGUGAUAGAUGUGCUGAACGUCAAGAAUUACAACGUUUACGUGAAAAAUUAUAUGCUGAUGAAACACAUCCAGAUCCAGCUGCUGAAUUUGAAAGAUUAAAAGCUGAACGUGAAGAAGAAUACAAGCCAAAACCUGUCAUAACAAUUAUUGAUGAAGAUGAUGAUAAAUUAAAUAAUGAUAAUAAUGAUAAUGAUAAUAAUGAUAAUAAUAAAAAAAUACAAGAUAUUGAAACUGAACCAAUUGAUAGUGAUAGUGAUGAUGGUAUACAAUUUGAGGAUGCACCACAUGAAGAAAUACCAUCAAGAACACCACCAAGACAUCAUCAUCAUCAUAGACGACAUCAUAGACAUCAUCAAAAUCAUCAUCAAAGAGAUACCAUUGAUAUUAUUGAUACAGAUAAUAAUGAACAAGAUAGAGAUAGAAAAAAUCAUUCACCCAGUCAAUCACAUAAUGAUACACCUGGACAAAUUAAUCAUGAUGAUGAUUCAAGAAUGUCAGCAACUAGUGAAACAACUGAAAAAACAAGUGGCAGUAAUUUUGUACCAUUUGUAAUGUCUGCUGGUGCUGGUGCUGGUGUUGCUGGUGGUGUUGCUGGUAGUGGUAGUGGCAAUAGUAGUGCUAUUAAAAAUGAUCAAGUUGAUAAUAAAACACCAUCGAGUCCAAAUAAUAUUAUUGGUAAUAAUUCACAACAAACAUUACCAGUCAAAAAAAAAAAUCGUAUGGAUGUUAAAGAUGUAUUUAAUACUGAUGAUGAUGAUGAUAUUACUAAUAGCUCAAAAAAACGUAAACUAGUACCACUUGAUUAUGGUGAUGAGAAAAAGAAAAAAAAUAAUGAUGAUAAUAAUGUCAGUAAAAUUGCUAAAGAAGAAUCUUCUAAAAGUCAAGAAGAAAAAAGAAAACAUAUUAAAACACUUAUUGAUAAAAUUCCAACUGAUAAAAAUGCGUUAUUUGGAUAUCAGCUUGAUUGGGCUGUCAUUGAUAAUGGUUUAAUGGAAAAAAGAAUAAGGCCAUGGAUUAAUAAAAAAAUCAUUGAAUACAUUGGUGAACCAGAGCCAACGCUUGUUGAUUUUAUUUGUAGUAAAGUCAUGGCUGGUAGUUCACCACAAGGAAUUCUGGAUGAUGUCCAAAUGGUUUUAGACGAAGAAGCUGAAGUAUUUGUUGUAAAAAUGUGGAGGUUACUAAUUUACGAAGUUGAAGCGAAAAAAAUGGGUCUAGUGAAGUAAUUAAUAAACAUUUUAAAAUUGUUUUAACAAUUUAUUAAUUAUCAAUAUUACUAAAAUCAAUACCCCUCUUGUAUGAUGUAAACGUUUAGAUAUAUAAUUAUAAAAAGAAAUUAAUAAUAAUGAGAUGGAUAACAUCUUUUUUAAAAAAACAAACAAAACAAAAAUUGAAGAAAAUUUU